AUGGGCCCGAUUCAUUCUUACCAGGGAGCUACAGAGCAAGCGGACGGCAAGAGUAAAGAGACACUGCCACAGUUUGCUCAAACAGUUGCAGCAGGCGAGCCUUCAUCUAAAUCGAAAGCACCAAAGAAGAAAUCGAAACACAAGAAAGUCAUUCCUGAGCCAUACUCAGGAGAAUUUGUGGUAGCUCGGGACGUAGAAAACCUUCUCGGACAGGAAACUGUGAAAGAAGCAAUCGCCGGCGGGACAGAAUGGGAUGCACCCUUCACAGGCAAGGAGGAGAUCGAACUUAUAGUCUCUGGUCUAUCUUCAACUGGUGACUCGUUGUCAAUUGCGCCGUCACCGCGCAAACCAUGGGUGAUUGUAACACCACUGGCUCUUCCUGGAGAGAAGAUCCGUGUCCGUGUCUAUAGACAUGCGCGAUUAUACUCCCACGCGGAUCUGCUCGAGGUUGUUACGGCCAAUCCGGAAUGGCGCGACAUGACGAGAGUUCAGUGCGAAUAUUUCGGAAAAUGUGCUGGUUGUCAGUAUCAGAUGUUGUCAUAUGAAACCCAACUACAGCUUAAGCGCAACGCAGUAGUAAAGGCAUAUGAAAACUUCUCCGGUCUCCUGCCUUCUUCGAUUUCUGAAAUUCCUGAGACGAUAGGUUCCCCAUUGCAAUACGGGUAUCGAACCAAGAUCACUCCACAUUUCGAUGCCCUUCCCAGGAAGCUACGGAAAGACACAAAACACGCGUUUGCGGACAGCGGAGCCAAACCUGACUGGCUGAGGAUCGGGUUCAACCAGAUUGGCACAAGGCAGGUGAUGGACAUUGAGGAAUGUCCGAUCGCCACUCCAACCCUGAACGAGGCCCUCCCCUCCAUUCGUCAAAAUGUCAUACAAAAUGCUUGGACAUACAAGAAAGGGGUCUCCUUGCUCCUGCGUGACUCUUCAACAAUUUCAACGGAGCCUAUGACUCCGAUCGCCGUCUCAGUCACUCAGUGCGAUGCCAUUGACGGCCUAGCAGCGCCGCUCGAGGAGCACGUUUGUGUCACCAAUCACAAAGCAACGGUACGCGAACGUGUCGGGGACACACUUUUCGAGUACACUGCUGGUUCUUUCUUCCAGAAUAACAACUCGGUCCUCCUCCCACUCACAUCAUACGUCCGCGACGCAAUCUUCCCUCCAUCCCCUUCUUUCCCCACCUCUGCCCCUACUCACCUCGUCGAUGCCUACUGUGGCAGCGGCCUCUUCGCGAUCACACUCGCGCCCUACUUCCAGCAAGUCGCAGGCAUUGAGAUCUCUGAGGAAUCCAUCCGCUGCGCGACGCGGAACGCCGAGCUGAACUGCCUGCCCAUGGGACGCUGCAAGUUCAUGGCGGGCGACGCGGCGAAUAUCUUCGCGACGGUGCAGGACUUCCCGCGGGAGCACACGGCGCUGAUCAUUGACCCGCCGCGCAAGGGCACUGACGAGAAAUUCAUCGACCAGCUGUUACAAUUCAAUUGCGCGACCGUCGUUUACGUUAGCUGUAAUGUCCACACGCAGGCGCGCGACGUCGGGAUGAUCCUGCGGAAGUCGGAGCAGAGGGGCGGAUGCAAGUAUGUUAUGCAGAGCCUGAGAGGUUUUGAUCUUUUUCCACAGACAGCGCACGUAGAGUCCGUGGCCGUUCUUCGACUUGUCUAG